ACUACUAGUUUAUUAAUUAUUUUCCUUGAAAAUACAUUUAAAACAAACAAAAUGGGAACGCAGAAACCUGGAGAAUGGGCUAAUUCGCUCAUUGCCCGAUUCGAAGACCAACUACCAUACAAAACUGGGGCUCAGAACCUCCAUUCUCGUAGAAAUGAAGAACAGUUAAUGAAAAACAGCAAAGCAUGUUUAGUUCAGAUAAGUCGGCAUCGCUUCUCUUUGGUGAUUGCUGGCUUAACAAAAAUAUUGCAGAGAGUCAAUGAAUUGUAUCCACCAACGACCACUACAUGCGUCAACCGGCCUCAAACGGAGCUGGAGAAGGGUUACCAUGAUAGUUUAGUAAUGGUCUUAGAUACACUAGAGAUAUGCCUCAGCUCUCAGCCCAAGUCCACGGCGAAGUACGAGGAAGCAAUGAACGUUAAGAUCUUAUUGCGAGAAGUUUGCCAAUUCAUUGAUCUUCGAAACGAGAGCAACGUCAACAGCACCCUCCUCAGGCAAUUAGCGAGUAAAGUACUCUUCGCUCUCAGUCUCAAUUUUUUCAAUGCAGUUUUCAAUAGGAUAAGCGCACGAUUACAGGAAUUAGCAUCUAGCUCAGAAGAAAACCCCGAUUACACUGAUAUAGAGCUGAUACAGCACGUCAAUGUUGACAUAUUGAGGCUUAUACGGCUUUUGACAGAAUCUAUUCAAAAGUUUAAAUUGUUAAGAAAAUCAGCGCAUAUAGUACUCGUUGUGUCGCUGGAGAAAGCUGUCUGGAAUUGGAUAGACACAUACCCGCAGGAAUUCGCAGAAGUCCAAUGGCGGUCUAACGAUGAAUUAAGUAAAUGCUGCGACACACUCUUCGAGAUCCUACAAGAUAGUAUCUCGGACAACAAGAAGUCGAGGGUGGCGAUGUGGCCGCUGCAGAUUAUGUUAUUGAUUUUGAAUCCUAAAGUUCUGGAAGAAAUAGUGAACGCUGACAGCGGGGCGCCGUACAGUCCGCGACACACGAAGAAGAAGCACUUCAUAGACACUCUUAAGCGCGGACUUAGCCCCCAAAACAAUUGGAAGCAGAUAACAGAAGCUGCAAUAGUGACGUGCGUUAAGCUCUGCAAGGCCUCAACUUACGUGAAAAUAGCUGACUCGGGUAACGUUAUCUUCGUGCUCGUCAAAUCCGUCAUUAAUGACCUUAAGUCGCUGCUGUUCAACCCCGAGAAGCCGUACGCUCGCGGCGCGCCGUACCCCGGGUACUCGGAGCUGGACCUGCUGACGGACUGCUUCGUGUCGCUGUUCCGCGUCAUGCCGCACUCCAACGACACGCACAAAGUGUGCCUGAACCUCCUCACCAACAUCUCCUACCACUACCACUACGUCAUCGUCGACUCGCUACUCAGGAUAAUCAAACAGCCUCGAUUGCCGUGGUGGCCGCAAAUUGAGCUGCUCUACUCGAGAGCUGCGGAACUACGGGCAAUGUUUACGGCCACGUUGAACAAAGCAAAGCAGGCCUAUAAAGUCCAAUCGCCAUUACGAAUGAUAUCAUUAUCACUAAAGUCUAAAGAAGUUCAAUCGAAAUUCAACAAGUCAGAAGAGAUGACAGCGUAUGGGAACCUGCUCCUACUGCUUGUGAAACUAGUUCACGCUGAUCCCAAGCUCAUGUUGAGUAAUCGCAGCCGUACGGGGAUAGAGAUCCAAUCGUCUACUAUGGAACUGAUCGACGGGCUCGUAUCACUUGUUCAUCACACCGGAAUGGAGGAGAUAUCCCAGGAGGCGAUGGACGCGCUGCUCGCCCUGCACAGGCCGGAUAGGGUGCACAUGUGGAACCCUGAAGCGCCGCUCGACACUUUCUGUGAUUUCAGCUCGCAAAUUCUGUACAACAUAAGUCAGAAGCUGAUCCAGCGAGAGAUCGGGAACUAUCGCGAAGUGCUGCGUUGGCUGCGCGACGUGCUGACAUGCCGGAACGAGUUCCUCGCCAAGCAGAAGGACUACGCCAACGUCAGCUCACAGAUACCGAAAUGCAAACAGGCGCAUUUUAAUUUGGAGGUGGUGUUCUUCAUGUACCUGUGGUCCAUCGACACGGAGGCGGUGCUGGUGGCCAUGUCGUGCUUCGCCCUGCUGUGCCAGGAGGCCGACUCGCGCUGCGGCUCGGACGACGUGUCGGUGCACACGCUGCUGCCCAACUACGCCGUGUUCCAGGAGAUCGCGCACACUUCCACCGUGCUCACCACCGGUUCAGCAGCUCUUCAAAAACGUAUAAUGGCAUUGCUGAGGAAGAUAGAACAUUGCGUGAACGGUGUUCAGCCUGCCUGGGAGGAGACGUUUAUACGUUGGGACUCGGUGUGCAAGCUGCAGCAGAAGUACCCGAAGGGCGUGGCGGGUGACAAGCCGCCCGAGUCGCCGCACCACGCCGCCGCCGAGUGCCGCGUGGCGCCGCACAGCGACCACGACGGGGAGGUGCGGAUGCAAAUCCAGGAAUGGGCGAACAUGACCUCGUUCCUGUGCGCUCUCGGUGGAGUUUGUCUUAAACGGAAGCCAGCCCCCGUGCGGUCUCAAUUGCACACUGACGGAAAGACGCCCCAAGAAGUCGAGUACUGUCUGGUCACCCGAUUUAUUGGCCAGCUAUUAGGAUUACUACUCUGCAGUAACGAAGGCUUCGGCGCCCAAAUACAGAGUCACGUCAAGGUAUCGGUCGGCGACGAAAUGUCUCCGGCACUGUACCCGAUACUAUUCGAUCAAAUAAAAGCAAUAGUCGACAAGUUCUUCGAUCAGCAACAACAGGUGAUGCUAACAGAUAUAAACACGCAAUUCGUCGAACAUACGAUAUUCAUAAUGAAAAGUAUAUUGGAUAAUAAGAAGAACGACCAGCCCUGUGAACAUCUUAGCACUACAUCCAUCGAAGGAUUGAUGUUAGCCAUUGUUAGAUACGUCCGUCACCUAGACAUGACGGUGCUGUCCGUACAUAUCAAGACGAAGCUCUGCCAAGUCGUUGACGCAAUGAUGAGGCGGAGAGAUGACCUAGCUUUCAGACAGGAGAUGAAGUUCCGCAAUAAAAUGGUGGAGUACGUCACAGACUGGGUCCUCGGGACCUCGCAUCAAAUCGCACUGCCCCUGAGGGCGGACGCUUCCUCCAUUACCAGGUAUUAUAUUUCCAGGGAGCUGGACCAGGCCUGCAUGGAGGCCGUGGCGGCACUGCUUAAAGGUCUGCCGCUGCAGCCCCAGGAGUCCAACCGUGGAAAACUCAUGGAGGCCAAGAGCCAGCUCUUCUUGAAGUAUUUCACUCUAUUCAUGAACUUACUGAACGAUUGCAACGAGGUCGAGCUGACGGAGGGCCCGGGACGUCUGGACACCUUAAGGAACGCGACCAUCCAGGCCAUGUCCAACUUACUUUCCGCGAAUAUCGACUCCGGAUUCAUGCAUAGUAUUGGUUUGGGUUACCACCGCGAUUUACAAACGCGAGCUGCAUUCAUGAAAGUUUUGACGAAGAUCCUGCAGCAAGGCACAGGGUUCGACGCCCUGGCAGAGACCGUUCUGGCGGACCGCUUCGAGCAGCUCGUUCAGCUCGUCACCACGAAAUCGGAUAAGGGUGAGCUGCCGAUCGCUAUGGCGCUGGCGAGCGUGGUGGGCUCCGCUCAGAUGGACGAGCUGGCGCGCGUGCUGGUGUCGCUGUUCGACGCCAAGCACCUGCUGGCGCCGCUGCUCUUGAACAUCUUCUACCGGGAGGUUGAGGUCUGUGCGGUCUCGGACUGCAUGCAAACGUUAUUCAGGGGGAAUUCGGUAGGCAGCAAAAUUAUGGCCUUCUGUUUCAAAAUAUACGACUACGGAUACCUCCAGAGCUUACUGGAGCCGCCGAUAACAGCGCUGCUGGACGAGGCGGAUCGUAACGCUAGUUUGAGCUUCGAAAUCGACCCCGCUAGGCUGGACCCGACCCACGACAUAGAAAUCAACAGGAACAAUCUCCGAAACCUGACACACGAGGUCUUCGAGAGGAUCAUCGGUUCCGCCGAUAAAUUCCCUUCGCAGCUGCGGAGCAUGUGUCAUUGCUUGUACCAGGUCCUAAGAAAGAGAUUCGGCCAGUUUUCGCAGACAAAUGUGGGAGUGGUUGGUGCCGUUUUAUUCUUACGGUACAUAAAUCCAGCCAUAGUGUCCCCUCAGGAGAUGGGAAUAGUGAAUCGACCCAUUCCACCUCACAUCAAGAGAGGGCUCCUGCUCAUGUCGAAGGUUCUGCAGAACAUCGCGAACCACAUGGAGUUCUCCAAGGAGCAACAUAUGUUGCCCUUCAACGAUUUCCUGAGGGAACACUUUGAAGCUGGACGCAAGUUCUUCAUAGAGAUAGCAUCGGACUGCCAGUCGGUGGACCAGACCUCGCACAACCUAUCCUUCAUCAGCGACGUGGUGGCGCUGCAUCGCCUGCUGUGGAACCACCAGGAGAAGAUCGGAGACUACCUGUCCUGCAGCCGUGACUACAACGACGUCGGGCGGCGACCCUUCGACAAGAUGGCAACACUUCUCGCCUAUCUGGGACCACCUGAACAUAAGUCUGUGGAAUCCACUUCAAGUCUUCUGUUCUCGUCGUACGCGCGCUUGUCUUCCAUUGACAUGUCGUCACCGAUUUUCGAGGAGCUUAUAGUCGAGCACAAUAUGCACCAGAAAGAAGAAUAUAAGAGCAUACAGAGUUUAAAUAUCUUCUACCAGGCCGGCACCAGCAAGAUCGGUAACCCGGUCUUCUAUUUCAUUUCUAGGAGAUACAAGAUUGGUGAAAUAAAUGCGAACUUGUUCAUAUACCACGUGAUUAUAACCCUGAAGCCGUUCUGCCAGAAACCGUUCGAGUUGAUCGUCGACUUCACACACACGAACUCGAAUAACCGGUUCAGGACGAACUUCCUGCAGAAGUGGUUCAGCGUGCUCCCUGAGGUGGCGUACUCUAGCGCGCACGCGUGCUACAUCUACAACUGCAACAGCUAUGUGCGGGAGUACACCAAGUUCCACGAGUCCAUUCUGGCGCCGCUCAGGGGCAAUAGAAAGCUCAUAUUCAUAGAUAACAUCAGUCGCCUCAGCGAUUACGUUGAUCCGGAACAGCAGAUGUUACCAGGAACGACUUUGGCCUUGGGAGGACAUCUAACGGUCUUCAAGAAUGUUUUGAAAUUGUCGCACAAAGACACCAAAGUUACCAUAAAGGUGGGAAAAACGGCUCUUCAAAUAACGUCAGUCGAGAAGUCGAAAGUGUUGGGUUUGCCAGUUCUCUUGAACGACGUUUACUACGUUUCGGAGAUUGACGAGGUGUAUCUCGUGGACGACAAACAGUUCUCGCUGUCCAUCAUCAACGAGUGGACCCCUCUGAGCUUCAUCCACGACGACUGUAAGAACAUCGUGCAAUCCAUCAUACAUAUCCGGCACAGCUGGGAGCUGACACAGCCUGACUCGGUGACGGUCCACCAGAAGAUCCGGCCCAAGGACGUCCCUGGCACGCUGCUGAACAUGGCGCUGCUGAACCUCGGCUCCAGCGACCCCACGCUGCGGACGGCCGCCUACAACCAGCUGUGCGCGCUCACCGACACCUUCCACCUCAAGAUCGAGGGGCUGCUGCUGGAGACCUCGGGACUCUGCAUUCCUUCCAACAACACGAUCUUCAUAAAGACGGUCAGCGAGAAACUCGCUCACAACGAACCGCACCUGACCCUCGAGUUCCUGGAGGAAUGUAUACAGGGUUUCCGAGUAUCGACCAUUGAGCUGAAACAUUUGUGCCUAGAAUACAUGACGCCUUGGUUGCCUAACUUAGUCAGAUUUUGCAAGCUGCCCGAUCAAAAGCAAGUUGGCCAAAUUUUAGAAAAACUGAUCACUCUAACCAUUGAGGAGACGGAAAUGUUCCCCUCGGUGCAGGCUAAGAUUUGGGGCACCAUCGGCCAGGUGCCCGAACUGAUCGAUAUGGUGCUGGACAGCUUCAUAGAGCGAAGCGUCAACUCUGGUCUCGGAUCUCCAAUGGUCGAGAUAAUGGCGGAUACGGCGGUAGCCUUGGCCUCCGCGAACGUUCAGCUCGUAUCUAAGAAAGUUAUCGACAGAAUGUAUAGUGCUCUGUCCAAACUACUAAACAAUACACUUAAUCCUGAGACCGCAGCCAGAGCUGUAGAUAAGACUUGCCUCUCGGCGAGGCCGAUGCUGGAACAACAUAUGAUGUGGGUUGAUAUUGCCAUCCUCGCUAGAUACUUGAUGAUGCUGUCCUUCAACAACUGCCUGGACGUGGCGAGCCACCUGCCGUACCUGUUCCACAUGGUGACGUUCCUCGUGUGCUCGGGCACCGUGUCCAUGCGCGCCUCCAUGCACGGGCUCGUCAUCAACAUUAUACACUCGCUCUGCACCUGCAACUCGCCCAGCUUCUCGGAGGAGACGCGGCGAGUCUUAAUGUUAUCAUUGGACGAGUUCGCUUUGCCGAAAUUCUACCAAAUGUUCGGUAUAUCUAAAGUGAAGUCAGCUGCCUUGACCGCGUUCAGAAGUCCCUACAAGAGACACAUUGCAGAUUGGUACUCAGAGCAUUCGUACACUUGCUCGGAAUUGAGUUGCGGAGCGCCUUCAGCAUCCGGGGGUCUAGUGGGUGCCCUCACAGUGGCUCAGCCGGGCGGCUCGCAGUCUGACCGCGAACGUCUUCCACUACAGUCGUUGGAGGUCAUCACAGACGCGUUACUCGAGAUCAUGGAGACGUGUAUGAAGGAUAUACCGAACUGUGACUGGUUGAACACGUGGACAUCUUUAGCGAACAAAUAUACAUUUAGCAUCAACCCGGCGCAUCAGCCGCGUGCGUUGAUCGUGUUCGGAUGUAUCAGUAAGAACGUAACAGAUGACGAUAUGAAGCAACUCCUGCACAUACUCGUGAUGGCAUUGAAGUCGUUCAACGAUCUGGCGCUGCUGGAGGCCAUAAUCAUGUGCCUGACGAGACUGCAGCCACUGUUACACCCAGAAUCACCAAUCCUCAAAGCGUUGUUCUGGGUGGCGUUAUCCGUUCUACAGUUGGACGACCCGACGCUAUACGCGGCCGGUCUCGCCCUGAUGGAACAGAAUUUACACACCCUGGACUCGCAAGGAGCUUUUGAUAAUAAAACAUUGGAGGAUGUAUUGAUGGAAACACGGGAGCCCUUCGAAAGGUACUUCAAGCUGCUCGAUGACGCCGUCGGACUGAGCUUCUGCUCCAACUUCCACUUCGCGCUGGUGGGCCACCUCAUCAAGGGGUUCCGCCACCCGGCGGGCGGCACGGUGUCGCGCACGUGCCGCGUGCUGUCCGCGCUGCUCGCCCUCGCCGCGCGCCCCGCCCACGACAAGUUCCAGCCCACCACGCGCACCGUCGCCUACCUCACGGCGUUGGUAUGCGUCAGCGAGGAGGUCCGGUCACGGUGUCACGUCAAGCACUCGUUGCCGAAAUGGUUGCCGGAUAAUUGCGACUACUACUGUCCCCCCGUUGAACACCGUCGGUCUUCAAUGCUAAUACAGCCACAGUCCUCCCACACCUCGCGUCACGGGCGAAGGCAGAAGUCCUGUGACGUGCUGGACCAGACUACGUCUUCAGUACACGGGGGGAAAUCCCCGUCCCCUCAGUCGUCGAGCAGCGGCAGUCACAGCCCGCACUUACUUUAUAUUGCAUAUCAGCCGUUAGACGAUGACGGUCGUGGUUCUCCCGGCAGCACGGACGAGAUUGAACGCCCUUCGUCCACCAAGUCUGGCGCUAGCGAUUGCCCGGAUGCCGCUACAAAGCCGGUAGACGAUGACGGUCGUGGUUCUCCCGGCAGCACGGACGAGAUUGAACGCCCUUCGUCCACCAAGUCUGGCGCUAGCGAUUGCCCGGAUGCCGCUACGAAGCAAUCAUCUGAAGACAAAGAGUCUAGCAGUCCGGAAUGCAACUCGCUGCUGGACCCGUCCGUGCUCUGCGACUUCACCACGCAGGCGCUCGUCUUGACCGUUCUCGCCACACUGGUUAAAUAUACCACAGAUGAAGAUGAAAUAAGGAUACUCUACCAGUACCUGGCGGACGGUUCAGUGGUGUUCCCGAAAGUGUUUCCCGUCAUCCACAGUCUCCUGGAUAUGAAGAUCAACAAUGUUCUAAUGCAUUGCCACGAUCAAGUGAUUCUGAGCGCGGUACAGAGCAUCAUACAGAAUAUGAUAGCGUCGGAGGACGCGAGUCAGCAGCAGCUGCACUACAUGCAGAGUCGCGGCUUCGGAGGCCUCUGGAGGUUCGCGGCGCCCUUCACCAAGAACCAGUGCACGGCGGUGAACAGCGCGUUCGUGUACUACCUGGUGACGAUGGUGGAAAAAUAUCUCCCGGGUGACGACUGCGUGCGGCAACCGUCCCCCGACCCCGACCGAUCCGAUCGAAUCGACCGACCCGAGCGCCCCGAGCGACUCGACCUGCACGACCUCGACCAGCGGUUUCCGGGGUAAUCGCCAACCUACAAUAUUCUGUCCAGAUCGAGAGUCGUAGUUUAAUAAUGACGCGUUGGCAAUUGUAGAAAAAACUGCAAACGAAAAUUAAUAAUAUCAAGCCCAUACCUUUAAAAAAAAUGGUGCAAAUAUCCACAAACGUAAAAAACAAUGAAUCGAGAAACGGAACACAGCGUUCUGUGCCCUAUUGCUAAAAGGCCUAAAGUAUAUUUUUGAUUCAAAUGUAAAUAUCAUAUGCUAAAUCGUUUAAAUAUAAUAAAAUUAAUUUGCAACACGGCAUAAAGAUCAUAUUGCUCAUACCAACAGUACUACAACAGUACUACACAAAAGGGUUAUGUUAUAUUGAACAAAGAACAUCUAAUCCUCGUUUCUAUUUAUAUAACAAAAGAAAAGGUUAUUGAUAUAGGCCCUUCUAGCACCGGGACACAGCGUUAUAUAUAAUAAUAAUUAAUAAUGUAUUAGUCAAUUA